AUGCAGUUCGCGUCGCACCGUUCGCAGAUCUCGCAGCAGCGUCGGUGUUUGGGUUACUGGAGUUUGGGUCUAUUUUUUGUGGAUGAUUUUGCGGUUGGGGGUUCUCGUUGGUGCGGUGGUGUGCGAUGGGUGGUUGGGUGCCGUGCUGUUGACCAGUGGGUGUGUCUUGAUGGUGUGUGCGGUGGACCAGUGGUUGUGUGCGCUAUACCAACCGCCAUGACUAUCUGUCGCUUCCUCAUCCGUUCCCUCCGCCGAUACUCCACCACCAGUCCUCUCCAAACACCCUUUUCCGCCACCACCACAGCUGCCGCCGCCGCCGAGGUCCUUAACCCUAACUUUGAUUCUCAACACACAACUACCAAUGGCUUCCAAUCUCCCAACUCUGGCUUUACCACUGCCACCGGACCUCUCAGUUACAACCUUCCUCCUCCUAGUCCAUCCACUCCAUAUCGCCCCUACAGCUUCUCCUCCGCCGAGGAAGCGGCGGCUGAACGUCGCCGACGAAAGCGCCGCCUCCGUAUCGAGCCCCCUCUCUACGCCCUCCGCCCUAAUCCCGCUUCCCACUCAUCUCACAUCAACAACCCUGACAAGCCUCGCCUCCCAGACUCCACCUCUGCUCUCGUCGGCCCCCGUCUUAAUCUCCACAACCGCGUCCAAUCGCUUAUCCGCGCUGGAGACCUCGACUCUGCGUCCUACAUCGCCCGUCAGUCCGUCUUCCAAUCGAUCCGCCCUACAGUCUUUACUUGCAAUGCCAUCAUCGCUGCCAUGUACCGCGCCAAGCGAUACCAGGAUGCCAAAGCUCUCUUUCAGUACUUCUUCAACCAGUUCAAUAUCAUCCCCAAUAUUGUCUCCUACAAUAACCUCAUUGUCUCCCACUGUGAAUCCAACGAAGUAGACGACGCCUUGAAGGUUUACAAUCACAUUCUCGAGAACGCUCCCUACAGCCCUUCGGCAGUCACUUAUCGCCAUCUCACAAAGGGUCUCAUUGAUGCUGGAAGAAUUGAUGACGCAGAAAAUUUGCUCAAAGAAAUGUUACAUAAGGGUCAUGGUGCAGAUUCUUUGGUUUUUAAUAAUCUGAUUCUUGGGUUUUUGAAUUUUGGCAAUUUGGAAAAGGCAAAUGAGUUGUUUGAUGAGUUGAAGGGACGGUGCACGGUUUAUGAUGGAGUUGUGAAUGCGACCUUCAUGGAUUGGUUUUUCAAUCAGGGCAAGCCAAAGGAGGCAAUGGAAUCCUACAGGGAUUUGAUGGGUAAAAAUUAUAGGAUGGUGCCUGCAACUCGGAAUGUACUUCUGGAGACAUUGUUGAGACACGGUGAAAAGCAAGAAGCUUGGAAAUUUUUCCACGACAUGUUGGAUGAUCACACCCCGCCCACAUUCCAGGCUGUGAAUUCAGACACUAUCAAUAUGAUGGUCAACGAGUGCUUUAAGGAAGGGAAGAUCACAGAGGCUAUCGACGUGUUCAAGAGGACUGGGAAGGCCGAAAAAUCAAAGCCUUUUAUGAUGGAUGUGGCGGGAUUUAAUAAUAUGAUUACGAGGUUAUGUGAACUUGGGAUGAUGGAGGAAGCAGAGCAGUAUUAUCAAGCUUUGUGCAACAAGUCAUUGGCUCCAGAUGUGAAUACUUACAGGACUCUGAUUGAUGCAUAUAUUAAUGUGGACAAUAUUGAGAAUAUGUUGGAGAAGUAUUCAAAAAUGGUUGAGGCUGGUUUGAGGGUUAUUCCAUCUUAUGCAAAUAAGUGGUUCAGGUUCAUGAUUGAGAAGGGUAAGGUUCUUGACUGUGUCUCAAUUUUGUCGAAAAUGAGUGAUAAAGAACCAAGGCCUGAUGUUACCACCUAUGAUAUCGUAAUUAGGGGGCUCAUUGAGAGUGACAAUUAUGAUGCCGCUGCCAAUUUGCUAAGUCAGAUGAUGAACUACGGUGUUGGUACCACUGUUACCCUUAAGGAAUUUGUGUUGGAUGUUUUUACGAAACAAGGGCGACAGGCAGAGAUUGAGAACAUUUUGUAUAGGUCUCGAAGCCCUUUUCCAGCCCACAGACCUUAUACAGGACCAAGAGGUCCCCCAGGGAUAGAAUGGGCGCCUCAAAUGCCACAACAGGGAGGAAGACACGCUGCAAUGCCGUGGCAGACAGAAUUUUACCCACAAACACAACACACUUCUCAAAUGACACAAGCACCUCAAAUGGCUGGACAGUCGGCACAUGUACAUCCAAGGUCAGAACAGGAGGCAGAGUUUGGUCGCGUGGCUGGACAAAAUGUGGCUUAG